AUGUCUGCAACAAAACUAUUCAAAUCGCUUAAGCUGGGCACGGUUCAACUUCAGCACCGUGUUGUCAUGGCUCCUCUCACCCGACUACGCGCCGAUAAGGAUCAUGUCCAACUCCCUAUGGCAGUGGAAUACUAUGCACAAAGAGCAUCCUCUGGAGGUCUUAUCAUCGCAGAAGCAGUCCUCAUCUCUCCUGAACACGGUGGUUUCGGAAACGCACCAGGAAUUUACACAGAAGCUCAAAUCAAUCGCUGGAAGGAGAUAACCGAUGCUGUGCAUGCCAAAGGAGGAGUUAUAUAUGCUCAACUGGUUUCUGUGGGUAGAGUGGCGGAUACGAGUAUUCUGAAAGAAGAGGGCGACUUCCCUCUUAUCAGUUCGAGUGCGUCACCUUUUACAGAAGCUACACGCAGUCGACCUGAUGACCCUGUUCCUCAUGCCUUGACUGUGGAUGAAAUCAAAAGAGCCAUCGACACAUUCGCACAAGCAGCAUACAAUGCUAUACAAGCAGGCUUCGACGGCAUAGAGUUGCAUGGCGCAAACGGCUAUACCAUCGAUCAGUUUACACAGGAUACAUGCAACACACGCACAGAUUCCUACGGCGGCAGCAUCGAAAAUCGCUCUCGCUUCGGUCUUGAGGUCACAGAGGCUUGUGCUAAUGCUAUUGGUGCUGAUCGCGUCGGCUUCCGUAUCAGCCCCUUUAGUACUUUCCAAGGCAUGAAGAUGACGGACCCAAUUGCUCAAUUCUCGCAUCUUGUCACCGAGCUGAAGAAGUUUUCGCUUGCUUACCUGCACAUUGUGGAGUCUCGCGUCAUCAACAAUGUCGACUGUGAGAAACAGGAAGGCAUUGAGCCUUUCUUGGAGAUCUGGGGAAACACAUCGCCUAUCCUUGUUGCUGGAGGCUUCACUCCUGAAUCUGCCAAGCAUGCAGUGGAUGUGGAGUACGAGGCUUUUGACACUGCUGUAGUGUUUGGAAGACAUUUCAUCGCCAACCCGGAUCUGCCGUUGAGAAUCAAGAAGGGCUUGGAGUUGAACAAGUAUGAUAGGAGUACGUUCUAUACUCCCAUGCAGGAGAAGGGGUAUCUGGAUUAUCCGUUCUAUGAGAAUGGUAGGGAGGUGGAAGUGUUUGCUUGA